AUGUUUUUCUCGAAUAAGGUGUUCAUUAACGUAUUGGGGGAAAUGUUUGAAGAACUGAACAAAAGAGUUUUCAAAGUGGAGGUGGAGCACAGGAACGAGGCUAAAGAGGAGGGCAAAGGAGAGGGGAGAGAGAGCCAGGGGGUUACUUACUCCAAAGCCCACGACUUCCUGCGGCAGCUCAGCGGCGGACUGGCCUGGGGCCGAAGGGAGGCGCGAUCUUCAUGGCUGGGGGAAGAAGGCGGCUGCCCCCGGGUGGCCCAUCUGGAGCUCCCUCCUGGGCGCGGCGGCGGCCUGCUUGGCAGGACUCAACUGGACAGCAGCACCACAACUACAACCAGUUCUCCCCUAAGAAGCACCAGCGAGAGCCAGACCAGUUCUCCCCAAAGAAGCACCAGUGGGAGCAGGACCAGUUCUCCCCAAAGAAGCACCAGUGGGAGCAGGACCAGUUCUCCCCAAAGAAGUACCAGCGGGAACCGGACCAGUUCCCCCCGAAGGAACACCAGCAGGAGCCGGGCCGGUCCUCCCCAAAGAAACACCCCAAAGAACAGCCCUCCCUUCUCCAACAGGAGUUUGAACCGGACCUUGGAUGAGUUGCUGGCUGGGGUCCUCGUGCCGGAAAAAGAUCUAUUAAAGCCCAAGCUGAAUCGAUCCAUCCUCAGAGGUGUGCCAACUGUUCCAGUGGACCUGGACGUGAGCGACGGAGAGACAAGCUUGUCGGACAGCGGCUCAGACUCACCCGUCUGUGUGGAACUGCCACAGCAACCUGCUGUCUACCAGCACACUGUCAGCAACGUCAGGGCAGAGCUUUCUUGGACAGGCCCACGCAAUGGGGAGCUGGUUUCCUUCUAUGAACUGCGUCUCCAAGAGGCUAGGCUGAUUGGGCAACCAAAGAGCAUCAAGUGGUUUUGUUCACAGACAGAAGAGCACUUGGAGAACCUCAGCCCUGGCACCGAAUACCUGUUCCGAGUGCGAGCUCUCAACGUGGCUGGUGCUGGGAAGUGGAGUGAACCUUAUAAGUUUGCCACCAUGCCCGCUGUGCCAGGGCUGGCCCUGGAUCCAUCCCCCGUCAUUGCUGUUGUGAGAAGGCACAGAAAGCCCCAGAAGAAAACGAUCUUCCUGCCUGCUUCGUAAGGGGCUAUGGCAGGGCAAUAAAAAGGUGA